AUGGCCCAGGAGCGAUCCUACGAUUUCAUUGUCGUCGGUGGCGGCCCGGCUGGAUGUACACUGGCUGCGUCUCUGGCAAGCUCCGCCAAGAGGCCGAGCGUAUUGCUUCUAGAAGCCGGCGGGCGGAAUGAGGACAAAUCUCUGCGGGUCGAUGGAAAGCGCUGGAAGACUUUCAUGAAAGAGAAUAUGAAUUGGGGGUCCCAGACAAGCCCGCAGGAGCACUGCAACGGCCGUCAACUCGAUUACUCGCGCGGUAAGGGGCUCGGGGGCGGCUCUGCGAUCAAUUUUGGAGUCUACACUGUCGGGGCACGAGACGACUAUGAUCUAUGGGCCGCCAAGGUCGAUGACGAGACUUUUGCCUGGGACCAAAUGCAGGCGCGGUUCAAAAGACUGGAAACAUUUUCUGGCAAAAUUGAUGUCCCAGAAAACCAGAAGUGGCCUGCACGUUGCUAUGCCAAAGACUGGGAUUCAGAUUUGACAACAGUGCUGGAUGCAUUCGAAGCAGCCGGGGUCCAGCGGAAUCUUGAUCACAACUCUGGUAAUCCCCUUGGGUUCGGACUUUGUAUCAAUUCUGCUUCGAAGGGCAUGCGAUCAACCGCUGUUGAUCUGUUGACUGAUGUCUCGGAUAAUUUGGUCGUUCUCUCCGAUAGUCCGGUGCAACGCAUUAUAUUGGACAAGAAUAAGGCUGUGGGAGCCGAAGCUAAUGGCACACAAUAUUUUGCCUCGAACGAGGUCAUCCUCUCAGCAGGAUCGCUUGAAACCCCCAAGAUUCUGAUGCAUUCUGGCAUCGGUCCUGCCGACGAACUACGCAAGUUUAACAUUUCAGUCAUUCACGAUCUACCAGCCGUAGGCCAAGGUCUCCGUGACCACAUCUUUGCCCCACUUAUUGUGAUGCGCAACCCCGAAAGCAACGACCGCAAUUCUUUCUAUCAAGACGAAGUAGCCAUGGAGGCCGCGACGAAACAAUGGGAAAGAGACAGGACCGGUCCAUGGACACGUUAUGGCUGUCAAUUAGGGAUCGGCUGGUUCAAAUCCGACCGAAUAACAUCCUGUGAAGAGUUCAAGGCUUUGCCUGGGUCUGUACAAGAUUUCAUGAACUGCGAGACCAUUCCGCACUACGAGAUUAUUAGCCAUUUCCCCGUGCAUUUCACCUUUCCGCAGCUCUUCCAAGAUUACAGCUAUAUCUGCCUGCCUGUGUUCUUGAUGAACGAGCAAUCCGUUGGAGAGGUGCAAUUGCAGUCGUCCGACCCUAAUGAGCCACUUUCGUUCAAUCCCAAGUAUCUCGAGCAUCCAUUUGACCGGCGAGCAUGUAUUGAGAUUUACCGUCAUCUUUGGGACCUGACCCAGCACCCAUGUUUUGCUAAGGAUACGGUCUCCACCAUAAUGGCACCGGCAUCCCAUUCCGAUGAGGACAUUCUUCAGUUCUGGAAGAAUAACCUGUCAUCCAGUUGGCACAUGACGGGAACCGUGAAGAUGGGGAGAGAUGGUGCCAGUGAUGCCGCUGUCGACAGUCGCUUCCGCGUCUUUGGGGUGAAAAGACUACGUGUGGCUGAUAUGAGUGUGGUACCGGUUCUAACCAACAAUCACACCCAGGCCACUGCUUAUAUAACUGGAGCCACAUGUGCCGAUGUCUUGAUCCGCGAAUAUGGCUUGAAUGAAUAG